CCAAAAAGUCCGAGCCGUCAUUCGCCGUGUGUGCAUUCGCUGGUGGGUCUUGUAAAAAUAGUGGAAAAAAAGUUGCAAUUCGCAACAAACAGCCCCGUUUCGUGUGUGCAGAAACAUUUCGAAAUGUACCGUCUUCGAACGAAACGAGAGUAACCGUAUCCAAGCGGUUAACCAGUGCUACAGCAGUAACAGCAGCAGUGGAGUAAAAUUGUGGCUGGCUGGUGAAAACUGGCAUCGAAGGUGGCGACGGAUCGGUAAUUUUUUUUUUCUGCUGCUUUCUUACCAACACUGUUGUACUGAAUUUGGUAGGCAGUGAAAAAAAGUACCUCUAUGUUUUGAACGGUACCCACCACCACCGUAACGUCCUGCUUCUACUACGUGCGCUUCGUGCAUCGAGCAGUCUACUACUACAAACGCGUUGCAAUCAGCCAAUGCAACACCACUGCUGCUCCUAGUGCUGUUUGCAAAUACAUACGGCUGCUGCUGCUGCUGGACCGUCGCCGCAUCACUGUUUAAAUUCAACGUGAGUAAACGAGACGCAAAGUUAUUCAGUGUUAAAAAAAAUAGAAACCUAUCGCAGUGGCCAUUGCCGUCAUUCGAGAGAUAAUCACUUCAGACGUAGGCAAACUGCAAAUUCCAGCGAUUACAGUGUGAUUUAUAGCCUAGUGAAAAAGUGCUACGAUUCGGUUGCCGGUGGACUCGGUACCUUCCAGGAUGGCCUCCGCCGCAGGUGGUGUGGACAUCCAAAUCGUCUCGAUGCCAAACCUGCAGAAAAUAGAAAAUUUUAUGCGUGAUUCAACCUAUCGGGAAACGCUGGAAGUCAGUGCCUCCUUCAAUACACGGCUUUGCCUGGAGCGCCGAAUGCGAAUACCGUUUUUCGACUCGCAGACCGGCGUCGCUCAGAAUCACAGCAACCUCUAUAUGGCGCACUGUCGAAGGAUGCCCGGUCAUCGAGAAGGACAACUCUACACGUAUCCGUCAACGCGGUGGCGAAAGUCCAAGCGACAAUACCUGAACAAAAUACAGAAUUUGCGACCAUUCAGUAACCUGAAAAGCAGCGCAGCGCCAAGUUUACUCGGCAAUAUCUCCCUACCGCCACCGACUCGAGAUACUAGCGAACUACUGACAGCACCGGAGUCCGAUUUUAACGCCUCCCUGCUGGAAGAAUCUUCAUUAGGUGCAACCGUGGAUACCGAUAGUAAAGAUAGUCACCAAAAUCAACCCGUCAUCAAAGAGGAGCCCUUGCCCAAGGACUGGUACUACGAUGAGAUGGCACUGAACGACGAUGACCUGGACGACCCGGAAGGAGGGGACUCUGAUUACGACUACAACGUGAAUGGGUACAAACGCAAAGGCAAAAGAAGCAAGCGGUCCUCCCAUGGUGGUGGCAAAAGAAGUCGAGGUAGUCAAGGAUCCUCGGCAGCGGCUGCUGCUGCAGCAGACUACGAGGGAGUGGGUUCCCCGGGCGGUUCGUCUCGUAAAGGCCGACCGCCCGCAGGUACCGGUGCUGGAACCAAAAGAGGUCGCAAAAAAACUCCGAAAGAGUCGGCCGCUGCAAUCGACAAACAACUGGAGGAAAACAUUAGUGGCGGUUUCGCAGAGCCACCCUCCUUCGAAACGGCAGCCGCGGCCGUUGAUAUGGGUGAAAACGGCGAGAACGGUACCGGAUAUGGGGGCAGUGCGGACCUAAGGAACUACCGGAAGUACCUGUAAUGCCAGAUGUUACUUCAAAUGGUACCUUUGAGGCUCUAAACUAAGCAUCCCCCUGGAAGGGACAAUCGGGACCGAUGCGGCGCCGCAGUAUGAAGUUGUUUUCUUUCAUACAAAUACAAUAUAUACGGAACGAAUAUCAUGAAAAAGAUCGCUGGAGCACGGCUCCGCAUGUGAGGGAUGAUCUCCUACAAGGAGACAUUGGAGACGUUUAUAUAUAUUACGAAAUUCAAGGGCUCAUAUUAAUAAGUUGCAACCUGAUCCGCAGUGGAGAUUAUAUUCUGGUCAUCACAGUUUAUCGCAUGUUUAUUUUCGUGUUUCAAACAUCCGUACGACAGGUGCGAAUAAUCAUGAAUAUCAUGAAAUCGUGAAAGCCCUCUUGCGGGACGCAAACUGUACAUUAUAAUUAGCUGAAGGACACUGGAUAUUUUAGCUGUUUGUUAGUUUCAAGUUUACGAUCCCUUUUCCACAGUUGAAACGCAAUAGAGUUCCAUCCGGUAGGCACAGGUUUUCCGUUGAAAGCUAGAUUUCACAACACUUUAAAAUUUGUAGCUCAUUGUCCUCUACACAGGAAUAACCGUAGAUUGUAAGCUUGUCUUGAGGAGGGAAUGAUAUAAUUGUACCAUUUAUUACUACCGUUAUUUAAUUAUCAACGCUAGGGAAAUUUAAAUAUGAGUCAGUAAUUGAACAUAACUACUAAUUUGUUUGACUAUUUUUAAAGAUGUAGCAGCCAAGUUUCCCCAAUAUUUCCUUUACCCACAAACACUCACAUUGACUUGUUGACGCGCAAUAGUGUUAGUAGAAUUAGUUCGAAUUAGAUUUUAUGCCCCCUCACUGGAAACAAAUAACAGAAAAAAACACAUUUAUUCGCAUGGACAAAGAUAACGGAGCCGAUCAACGAGUGACCCUUCCCUGACCCCUAUUGUAUAUAGCAAAUCACCCAUAAGUGGCGUAAAUUUUCCUUUCGCUAUUAAAUGAUAUAUUUACCUAUUCCAUUGGCUCUAUUGAUGAAUAAAAUGAUGAUGAUGAUAAUGAUUAUGAUCUAUAUAAUGAACGCGAAAAUUAAGUGAGACAGAAAAUUGCGGUCUCCGCAAAAAAAAAACGGAUAAGGGGUGUCACAAAAAACAAUAUUUUACAAACCCGAAACAAGGAGAAAUUGAAAUUCAAAAACGAUAAAAUUUAAAAAAAAACUGACAGGAAGUCGCGUGUAAAUGAAUAGAUAUUUCUACUGAUAGUAAUAAAAGGAGAAAAUACAACUAU